AUGGUUAUCAGCGGUGGCGGGUUGCAUGUGGCUCCGUUGGCAGUGCAGGAUCCACCCAGCCGGGCGGCUGUCUCGUCACUCGUCACUCGUCAUCCGCGGCUCCAGACCAGAGGCCAAAGAGCAGGCUGCCGCCAUCAUCUCCGUGCUCCAAACCUCAACGCCCCAACUUGCAUCCCGUCACAAGUACCUACUCCCGAUUUCCUUAUCCCACCCUCACGUACUCCCAUCCCCGAUAGUGCGUAUCCUCCUUGUAUCGACCUCUUCUUUGCUCCUUCGAGCGUUGCGACCAUGGCUGCGAGAGCACCAGUAGCAGGCCGUCCCGCCACCAUUAUUUGCCCCACCGGAUCAUCGAACUCAGUUGAGCUAACAUUGCUGUCUGUCACAGGAGAAUCUGCUGUCGGAAAGAGCUCGCUAGUCUUGCGAUUCGUCAAAGAUCAAUUCGAUGACUACCGGGAAUCCACGAUCGGUGCGGCGUUCCUCACUCAAACCAUCUCGCUGGAUGAAAGUACGACUGUGAAGUUCGAGAUAUGGGAUACCGCCGGUCAGGAGAGAUAUAAGUCUCUGGCGCCCAUGUACUACAGAAAUGCCAACUGUGCUGUGGUCGUUUACGACAUUACGCAAGCUGCUUCUCUAGACAAGGCUAAAUCGUGGGUGAAGGAACUCCAACGCCAAGCUAACGAGAACAUCAUCAUCGCCCUUGCCGGUAACAAGCUCGAUCUGGUCACGGAGAACCCAGACAAACGUGCUAUUCCGACCGCAGAUGCCGAGGCAUAUGCUCGUGAGGCUGGCCUUCUCUUCUUCGAGACUUCUGCAAAGACCGCAACCAAUGUUCGGGAACUGUUUACCGCUAUCGCAAAGAAGCUUCCUCUCGAUCAGGCUGGACCACGGAAUCUUCGGACAAAUCCACGCCCUGGAGUGGACUUAAGGCCAGAGGCAGCUGGCGCCCAAGGCGCCGGUGCCUGCGCUUGCUAA